AUGGGCUUCAAACACCAACCUUGCAAAACAUCUUCUUCUUUGAAGUUCUUUACCAUGAGGUCUUCAACCAUCCUCACUAUAAGUCUCUUCUUUGCCUCCUCUGUUUACUUCUUUUCGCCGGUUUGGCACUUACCAGAGCCACCGAACCAUUGGGCUGAAAAAUCCCAUUUUCGCGGCAAUCUUCUUGAUGCUAAAUUCCCAUGGAACAAACUUUGUUUUGGGCCAUCCUUUGACAAGCUCAAGCUUGCUGUCUUCUCCAAGACAUGGCCUAUUGGUGCAGCACCGGGUGGCAUGGAGCGACAUGCUCUGACUUUGUACAAUGCUCUUGCUGCCAAGGGGCAUGAAAUUCAUGUCUUCACCGCGCCUUCUGAUAGAAGGCCUCACCAAGACAUUCAUGAAGGCAACCUUCAUGUUCACUUUGUACCAAAUGACCAUGGCUCAGUCAAUUGCUCUCUGGCAUUCGACAUAUUCAACAAAGAAAACAUGGCUGGUGCAUUUGAUUAUGUGCACACUGAGAGUGUUUCGCUGCCUCAUUGGCGUGCCAAAAUGGUGCCUAAAGUGGCUGUGACUUGGCAUGGGAUUUGGUAUGAGAUUAUGCAUUCAAAGUUAAUCCAGGAGCUUCUUUUUAACCCAAAUGAGCAAUUUCCAGGCCCCAUGACAGAGCUUCAAGAAGCAAUGCCACGACUGCUCGAUGAAAUCAGAUUCUUCACAAGCUACACGCAUCAUAUAUGUAUAAGCAAUAGUGCAGGUGAAAUUUUAGUCAACAUCUACCAGCUUCCUCAAAAAAAUGUCCAUGUCAUACUCAAUGGGGUGGAUGACAAGUUUGUACAUGAACCCCAAGCCGGUGCACAAUUUCGUAGGAAACACAAGGUGCCUACAAAUGUGAGCCUGGUGAUGGGAGUUGCAGGGAGAUUGGUUAGGGAUAAGGGACACCCUCUUCUCUAUGAGGCCUUUUCGUUGAUCGCUAAGCACCAUCCUGGUGUAUUUUUACUUGUUGCAGGUUCAGGUCCUUGGGGCAGAAGGUAUGCUGAAUUAGGGGCAAAUGUGAAGGUUUUAGGUGCAUUGGAGCCUUCUGAGCUGUCUGAGUUUUACAAUGCACUCGAUGUGUUUGUGAACCCAACACUGAGGCCUCAAGGGCUUGAUCUUACAUUAAUUGAAGCAAUGCACUGUGGGAAGCCAGUUUUGACACCGUGCUAUCCAAGCAUAACUGGAACUGUAGUUUUGAAUGAAGGGUUCGGUUACACAUUUUCACCGAAUGUGAAGUCUUUGGUUGAAGCCUUAGAGUUGGUAAUAAGAGAUGGGGCACAAGUGUUGCAGAGGAAAGGUAUGCUUUGCAAGGACUACACGCUUUCGCUGUUUAGUGCAACUAGAAUGGCCUCAGCAUAUGAGAGGUUCUUCCUCUGCAUGAAGAACACUAGAUACUGUCAGUACCCUCUUCCAACAGACUGUUAA